UUUUCCAACUGUACUUUGAGAAAAGGAUCAAAGAGAGAGAGAGGGAGAGAAGCCUCCCUUGUCCGAAGGUGAUCGAGAAUCAUGGGAAGAGAGAGAAACAUCUGAAGAAGAAGAAGAAGAAGAAGCAGUCCAUAUCAUUACAAUACAUUUCUUGUGUUUGGUUACUGAGAAAUUGACAGAAAAAUGAACUUGACAAAGAGGAGUUGGAGUUGUCUUACAAAGAAGCUCAAUAAUUUUAGAUAUUACCAAAAUGUGGGGUUUCAACAAAGAUUGAUAAUCCCACCUAAAAAUCCCAUUUUGGGAAUUGGGUCUAUUUCAAAACAGACUUCUUUGAUCCCAUUUCGUCAGUUUGGGAAUAAUGCUGGAAAUGAUAUUGAUACCCAUAUAGACAGAGAUUUUCUUGUUCAGCUUUGGGUUGAAGAUAGGAAAUUUGAUAAGAAAACUAGGAAAGUGGUUUAUGGGCAUUGUGGUUCUUCAUCUUCAUCAUCAUCAGUGUAUGAAGAUCGGUUGUUGUCUUCAGAAGCUUAUGUGCCUGAAUUUAAGGAGGGAAAACAAGCUGUGUCAGUGCCUUUUCCUGGUGUGACAGAAUAUUUGAGACCUGAAACUCCAGAAGAGGUCCAGGUAGAACCUCUUCUUGCCAGAUCAAAUUUGCUGAUUACAAGGGAUAUAGAGUGGGCAAAUCUUGUCCUUGGUUUUGAGCAAGAAAAUCGGUAUGCCAUUGUCGAUGUGUGCUAUCCCCAAUCACCUGUCGGUUUGAUUCGCGAACAAAGUAAUGUCCUUGCUAGACAGUUUCUUCGGUUGAGGCGCCCUUUUGUUGCUCAUGUAACUGAUGCAGUGGGUAAUGAGCUUUUCAAGGUACGCAGGCCGUUUUGGUGGAUAAACAGCUCGAUUUAUGCAGAGGUCAACGGAAAGGAAGUUGGUGUGGUUCAUCGACGAUGGCAUCUAUGGAGGCGGAUUUAUGAUUUGUACCUCGGGAACCAGCAAUUUGCAGUGGUUGAAAACCCCGGCUUCUGGAAUUGGACUUUUACUUUAAAAGAUAUCGAUGGAAAUGUGCUGGCUGAGAUAGAUCGCGACUGGAGAGGUUUCGGCCUUGAGCUUUUUACCGAUGCUGGUCAAUACGUGAUUCGCUUUGGAAGUACCGAUCCAAGCUCCAAUCAUGGAGCUGCUGCUGAAGUGAUUCAAGAUUUAGAAGUGUUCCGUCCGCUGAGUUUAUCGGAGAGAGCAGUGGCAGUUGCUCUUGCUAUAUCAUUAGACAAUGAUUAUUUCUCAAGACAUGGUGGCUGGGGAUUGCCUUUGAUGGCGGUUGGCGAGUAAACACGGUUUUGCUGUACAGUUGUUGAGAAUGAGAAUCUAUUUGCUUAUUCUUCGAAUCGAUCGAAGGCCUUAAAAUGUUCAUAUGUUCCUCUUUCCCCAAAGGAUGUUUUCGCAAAGAUUUUUCGGUUUUUGAUACCAAAACCUUGAUAAUUAAGGAGUCUUGUUGUACUGUUAAACAAUAUAGAAAUGAAGCAAAUGAUUGUUAAAAAAAAGAUUAAAAGAGAAAGCUUUUGAGGGCCUCUUUCUCUUUAUAUAAUGUAUUUAAUUUAUACCAGCAAUGUUUAAGUUUUAUUUAAA